CUACAAAUCAUUUUUAUUGGUUGCAAAAAAAAAAGCUUUUGAUUGGUCGCGUGAUGUGUAUGGGAACGCAUGCACGUGAUGAUUUAUGAAGGAGACAUGCAGUGUGAGAGGUGAGGCAGGCGGUAAUGGUGCAAGAUUAAUGGGAGAAAAUAGAGAACAUUUUGGAUACACUUUCUCCAUUAUUAUACAUUUCCGCCGGAUAUGAAGUCAUCGGGGUAUUCAUGCGCAACUGGGAUGAGAAGAAUGAAAAAGGCCACUGUGCAGGUGAUGCUGAUGCUGAAGAUGCAGAGUGGGUCUGUCGCAGACUUGAUAUUCCCUUUCAUGAAGUUAACUUUGUUAAGGAGUACUGGAACGAUGUUUUUAUGUACAUGAUAGAAGAGUAUAAAGCAGGUUUUACACCUAAUCCAGAUAUCAUGUGCAAUAAGAAGAUUAAGUUCUCUCCUUUUCUCAAGCAUGCACAAGAAGAUUUAAAUUGUGAAAUUAUUGCAACUGGACAUUAUGCUCGGACUUCCUUUGGUGACAACCUUGAAAAAUAUGAUCCCAGAAAAG